GCGAAGAGAGUGCUUUGUAAUUCGUCCGAAGUGAAAUCUGGUGGCGGUAUUAUCGGUGAUUUGUUUUGGUUGUCGCCUGUUGUGUGUACUGUGAAGGCAAGAAUGGCUAUUAGAACUUACGGUGACAAACCUAUUAGUUUUCAAGUUGAAGAAAAUGGGGAAUAUUACUGCAUUGGAUCGGAGGUCGGCAAUUACUUGCGGCUGUUCCGUGGGUCGCUUUACAAGAAGUAUCCUGGAAUGUACAGGAGAAGUAUAACAAACGAUGAAAGGAAGAAAUUGGUUGAAAUCGGGCUGAGUCAGCAUGUACUGGCAUCAAGUGUUUCACUGCUGAGAGCUUCAGAAGUUGAGGAUAUCAUUGAAGGAAAUGAUGAAAAAUACAAAGCUGUUUCUGUCCAUUCUUCAGAACCACCAGUUCCCAGGGAAGGAAAGACUAAGAAGAGCAUGCCAUGGGUACCUUCCUUACCCAACAGUUCACAUCUAGAUGCAGUGCCUCAAGCAACACCAAUUAAUAGGAAUCGUGUAAACAACAAAAAAGUCCGAACAUUUCCACUUUGCUUUGAUGACACAGACCCUACAACCAUUAUGGAAAAUGCUUCACAAGUGGAACUUCUUGUGCCUAUUCGCUUGGACAUGGAAAUAGAAGGACAAAAGCUUCGAGAUACAUUCACAUGGAACAAAAAUGAGAGCUUAAUAUCGCCUGAACAGUUUGCUGAAGUGCUUUGCGAUGAUUUGGAUCUUAAUCCCCUCACAUUUGUUCCGGCCAUUGCACAAGCUAUCCGUCAACAAAUCGAUGGAUUCCCGACUGACAGUAUCAUAGAAGAGAAUACAGACCAAAGAGUUAUUAUAAAGCUGAACAUCCAUGUUGGCAAUACCUCUUUAGUGGAUCAAGUUGAAUGGGACAUGAGCGAAAAAGAAAAUAAUCCUGAAACAUUUGCAAUGAAACUUUGUGCAGAACUUGGUCUGGGUGGAGAGUUUGUGACAGCUAUUGCAUACAGUAUCCGUGGACAACUAAGCUGGCAUCAACGUACUUAUGCCUUUAGCGAAGCCCCUUUGCCCACAGUUGAAGUUCCAUUCCGACCACCAUCAGAGGCAGACCAAUGGGCACCUUUUCUAGAAACAUUGACGGAUGCAGAGAUGGAGAAGAAGAUACGAGAUCAAGACAGAAAUACACGCCGUAUGCGAAGGUUAGCAAAUACAACUCCAGGAUGGUGAUUUGCCACAUUUGCCGACCUCAUUCGAAUUGCCAACGAAAACUUCCAACAAAAUAUCAGCUCAUCACUGUGAGGCAUAAAAAUGUUUCAUCAGAAACUGUAAGAAAAUUACAAAAUAUGUUUUCACAUGUGGUGAAAAGUAUGCUUUUAUUUAAUAUGCCAGUGGCAGAGUGUGAUUUAAUGUUAACUUGAAAAGUACAGCAAAUAGCUUUUGUAUAAUGAACUGUGUAUGUGGUUUACAGUGCAAUCUUACUACACAUUUUAAACUUGCAUUGCACCAAAUCUGUUAGUUCUGGGAUAAUCAUAUAAGUCAAUGGGCUUUGUACAUAUUACAGUGCUCCAUAUUACAAUGCUUUUGUGUAAACAAUUUGAUUGCGUAAAUUAAGCAAAACAGUGUCUUGAUAUAACUCGUAACUGACAUACAAUUAUGUGUAAUAAAGUAAUGAGAAUCUUUUGUAAAAUAGUUAUUUAAUAUUUUCAUUUAUUGUUUUUAACGAAAAAUUUGGCAUUGCCAGGAUGGCUGUCUAACCAUGUUAUGUUCAGUAACAAACAAGAUGUGAUUGCAGAACACCAACACAAAGGUUAUACAGAUGCAUAAUAAUUGGUUACUGUUUUGAACUCCAUUUCAUUAAAUUUCCAGCUGCUGAAAAGAUACAAGUUCAGUAAUUUUAUGUUUAAAUAUCUUCACCAACAGUUCAACUGUCACUAGUAACUUUUUUUUCCUGUAAAAGUUAUGAUCUCAAAAUAAGAAAAUUAAUCUGGAUCAAAAGCAUAAUUCCAGACGCAUAUUUCACCUACCUUUAGUACUAGUCUGUUAUUCUAUGUCUUUGUGAUAUAGGCUAUGCUGUUACACUGAAAAAUAAUCCAAAUCGGAUAUAAAUUGGCAACAGUAAAAACUUUUCACUCCAGAUACAUAUGAACUAGAAGUAUUCUGUCUCCACAUUCGCAAAAAUGGUGUCAUCAUGGAGGAUACAUUAGAAUAACAGAAUUUCAAUGAAGUGCAUAAAUUGCUAACAUGCAAAUGUUCAAAAGCAGACUUGAGUGCUAGAGUGCCUUGUGUGGUGCAUACAAAUAGAGCUACUAUAUAGUUUGAUUAGGAGUGUGUAUUUAAUUGUGAGGGACAAGUUAUCUGACUGGCAUUAGAAUGCCAAAUCUAAAUGUUCUUAAUGCCGUAAUUUGAGAGUUGCUAGCAUGUUUUGUGAUUCACACAGUGGCCGGAGUGUCAUCAGUUGUGCGUGUGUGCAAAUUUGUUAAUAAGACUGCUCAGUCUUUGCACUGCAACUGCAAUAGCUUAUUACAGAUACAUGUUCUCUAUGAUAAUCAGUAGAACUUGUAUGUGAUUUUUACAGUUUAGUGUUUGCCUGUUUAAUUUUCCUUCCCAUUUUAACUCAGCUAUUUCAUUGUGUAGGUGUACCUCUCCAUUACACAAACUGAGAUCUUUGCCACUCACCAAAGACAGUUGAUGCUGUACCAUUGGAACCUCUCAUGUCAUAACGUAUAAUUUCAAGUUGUUUUUCUUAUGUAGUUACUACAGGGUUGAGUGAAGAUACACUCUAGAUUAUUAGUUUACCAAAUACCAUUGUUGUGCAGUUGUUUUCGUGAGUGCUUUUGUUUGUAAAAUUCCAUGUAAGCAUAAAACAAUUCAGUUGGAGUACCAGAACAGUUGUCUAGGUUCUAAAAUUUCCAUUUCAGUAAACAGUUUACUAUUACAUAAACAGAAUGGUAGCCUUAUUGUCAUGGAUUCCAAAGAUAAGCCAAAAAUUUACAAUUAUUUAGAAAAUAUUGAUUUAACAGACUAACUUGGCUGGAUGCAUUUGUGAAUGUAAACUUGAUCAUAAACAGCUGAUAAAAAGAUCUUAGGUUUCUAGCUGUUGCCAACAGCUCCACAAGCAGACAGCAUUUUUUAUGCAGGAGUAAUUCACUGAAAUGGACAUUUUAUAAACAGGAAAUAUGUUAUAGACCUGCCACUCAGGUGGAAACCUGAGACAUUGUCAUCAAAAAAUUGUAUUUCUCUGCUAAUGAUUAAAUGUUUAGCUCCUGCGUCAUAAAUGUGACAUCAUUCAAAAAACUUAAUGCAUUGGUCUCUGGAUAACUUUCUUGUUUAGAUACCUGUGGUGAAUAUCGGUGAGACCAUUCACAUUUUUCUUUUUAAAGUUUAGUCGAGGGUCCAACACACUUUAACAUGGUGAUACUAAUAGUUACUGUUACAGUAGUAUUGCAUUAUUUCAGAUCCUCUCUUUAUUUAUACUUUACAUACUUUUGUUGUGAAAUGUAAAAGGCUAAUUAUGAGAGCCUUAUUAUUAAUGUUGCUUGCAUUACUAAUGGAUUCUUUUCCAGAGUGCAAUAAUCCUUGUGUUUUUGGAAUUAACUGGAAAAUGUUGUGUAUGAUGCUUGACACACAAGGACGCUUUGAAGCUAAUUUUUGUAUUUACCAGAGUAUAAGGACCCCCCCCC